AUGGAGAAAAAAGAUAAAUUGAACAGAUUUGUGGCCGAGUCUAUUAUAAACUCACAGACCGGAAAUAUUUCUAAAGUGUUUUUGGGGAGAAUUGACAAUGAGCCUGCAAUUCUCACACUGAACAAAGUGGCAUUUAGCCAGGAAUUCAUACAUCCUGAAAAAAGUCAUCUUAUACAUGAGAAUGAUGUGUACAGCAGCGGCACAUUUGAAAAUAGCGAGGCAGUGAAGUAUGCCAUAAUACACCCUGCCACAGAAACACAAAUAAAAAAAUACACUGCCUCAGAGCAUACCAUGGUUAGAGAGACUCCUAGUAUGUAUGCCGAUAAAGUGCUUCCACUGGCCCUUAGAAGCAGCCCUAACUGCAAGUGGGUUGAUACUAUUUUCAGCCAGUCCGCUGGGCACUCUACUCCCUGCAUAACUGAAGGAAAAGAAGAAGUUCUUUUUUUAGACAGUGAGUUUCUUAUUUGCCCAGAUUUAAAAUGGGACAGAAAGACCGCUGAAUCACUCUACUUGCUUGUUCUGCUAAAAGACCCAGCAAUAUAUACAAUACGAGAGCUACGGCAGGAGCACAUUCCUCUCCUUGAAAGAAUCCAAGCAAGCAUUCAAAAAGUGCUCAGUACAUACGAAUACAGAAUGGACCAAGUGAUGGUAUACUUCCACUACUACCCAACCUUCUACAGAGCCCACAUUCAUGUUUCUUCUAUCUCCUCAAACUGGGCAGGAAGAUCCAUUGGAAGCUCUAUACUAUUGCAUGAUGUUAUUGAGGGGCUAAAAAUCUCCUCAUCGUUUUUUAAAGAUAAAACAAUGGAAAUAUGUCUUGCAAAGGGCUCUUAUCUAUACGAAGCGUAUUCUAAAUAGACAUACCAGAAGAAACUAUAACUUGUCUUGCAGUUAAUACAUAGUA